AUGGAUGAUUUAAACAAUAAAAGAAGUACAAUUCAAUUAUCAAAAUUAAGACAAAUUUUGAUACACUAUCGAUUAUUAAUAUGGAAAAAUUUAUUACUACGUAAACGACGUCCUGGUUUUCUAAUAGCUGAAAUUUUAGUCCCUUUGAUUAUUCCAAUUAUAUUAGUUACUAUACGAACUGAAUCACUACCAAUACAUGAAAAUAUCUGUCAUAUACGUUCAACAAAUCUUCCAACAAUGGGAUUAUUCAGUUAUAUACAAUCUCUUUUAUGCAAUUUCUUAUUUCGUUGUCAGCCUAUAGAUCCUGAUGAAAUAUCUCAACAAUUUGAUUAUACGAGUUUAGGUGAUUUAUUGGAGAAUAUCUCAAAUAUAUUUGAGAGUAAUUUGAUAAAAAAUAUAACUAAAGAUCUACCAAAUUUUAAUAUGGAGAAAUUUUUACAAUUAGUUAACAAUUCCAAUGAUCAAACAUUUCAACAAUUAGCUAUAAUUAUAUCAAAUAUUCAACAGAUUUAUCAAAGUAUAUUUAAUGAUUUCAAUAAUGAUAGUAAUCAAAUAAAUAAUGAAAUAAUUAAUUUUAAUUCAAUAAUUAUUACUACUAAACAAAUUCGUUGGUUAUCUAAUUUAUCCAAAUUGAUUUGUGGUACAAAAACACAGAACGUAAAUGAUAUUGAAAAAAUUUUAGAAAUUUUAAAGGGCGUUAAUUUUUCUAAUAUACUAGAUAUGAAUGAAAAAUUGAAGCGUAUACGUCGUACACUACCUAAUUUUCAAUUAAGUAGUAAAUAUAAAUCAAUUAAAAAUAUUUAUACAAUAAAUUGUUCUGCAAUAGAUAAUAUAUUACGUAAUCCAAUAUUUUUACAGUAUACUGGACGUAUAAGAUAUUUAUUAUAUGGUCAUAUAUUUUAUCAUCCUGUAAAUGAAUGGACAAAUGAAAUUAUAUAUAGAACACUUGAACCACAACGUUUAUUAAUUUCAUUGAAAAAUUUACUACAACAUUAUCAAAUACAUACUGGACCAAUAUUAUAUCAAUUAAUGACAAAUACUUCAAUUAUAUAUCAAUUUAGAAAAAUACUUAAUUACUGUAGUAAACUUAAUAACAGUUUAAUACCUGAAAAUAUUAAAAUAUUAUGCUUAAAAACUCGAUCAUGGUUAAAUCCUAAAAUAAUAAUGAAUCGAUAUGAUGAAUAUCAUAAUAAAAAUAAUUUACAUUGGUCAAUAUUAUUUAAUCAAAUUAAUAUUUUAUUUGAUAUUAUUAUUCAAUUAUUAAAUUGUUUUCCAUUAAAUUCUCAUAUUUAUGGUGUUAUUAAUCGAUUAGAUUUUGAUAAAUAUAUAGAAACAUUUCAAUCAUAUAUUCAUCCAAUAGUUUAUGGUAUUCUAUUUAAUGAUACUCAAUCUCAAGUAUCUUCAUCAUCAUCAUCAUCAUCAUCAUUGAAUACAUUCAAUUUAAUGUCAAAUACUUCAAUUAUUAUUACAAUACGUCAAAGUUCAUUGAUUAUAGAUGAAACAAAUGAUUAUAAAGUAUAUGAUUAUAUAUGGUUACCAAAACCUCGUAAUAAUAUUGUUUAUGGUGAUAUAAAAUAUUUUACUAGCGGUUUUAUAGAUAUACAAGAUUUAUUAAGUAAUUCAAUUAUUAAUAUAUUAAAUAAUCAAUCAUUCAAUAAUUUAUUAAUUGGUAAACAAAUGAAAUUUUUUCCAAAUAAUUAUUAUAUAAAUGAUAAAUUUAUAAAUAAUCUAUCAAAAAUUUUACCACAAUUAAUUUUACUUACAUUUAUAUUAACAUCAAUGUUGACAACAAAAUUUAUUGUUGAAGAGAAAGAGAAUUAUAUUAAAGAAUUUACUAAAAUUAUUGGAUUAUCUAAUUAUAUUCAUUGGUUAGGCUGGUUUUCAAUAACAUUUUCAAUUACUCUACCAAUAACAAUUAUUAUUAUAAUAAUUUUAAAAUAUGGACAAAUAAUUAUUUUAAGUAAUAUUUUUAUUAUAUUUUUAUUAUUUAUUUCAUAUAUUAUUUCAAUAAUUAUAUUCUCUUUUUUAUGUUCUGUUUUUUUUCAACAAGCUAAUUUAAGUGCUAUUGUUACAGGUCUAUUUUAUUUUAUUAUCUAUUUACCAAUACCAUUAAUAUUAACUAAUGAAAAAGUAAUUAAUCAAUCAAUUAUUUAUAUUUUAUCUUUAUCUAAUCAAGUUGCUUUUUGUUUAGGCUUUUAUUCAUUAAUACGUUUAGAAUUACAAGGAUUUGGUAUACAAUGGUAUAAUUUAUGGGAAUCAAAAAUAAAUGAUACAUUAUAUUCACCUGUUGAACAAAUAUCAAUAGAUUUGAAUCAAUGUACAACUGAAGAUUAUUCAAUGUCUAAUUUAUGCAUUGAAUCAAAUACUGAAUGUUUACCAGUUGGAAUAUAUAUAAACAAUUUGAGUAAAGUAUAUACUAGAAAGGAUAAACCAGUAUUAAAUAAAUUGAACAUUGAAUUUUAUACAAAUCAUAUCACAUCAUUAUUAGGUCAUAAUGGAGCUGGUAAAUCAACUUUAAUUUCAAUUUUAACUGGAUUACAUAAACCUUCUAAUGGUUCUGUAUUUAUCUGUGGAUAUAAUGUUCAAAAUCAAAUGGAUAAAAUACGUAAUAAUUUAGGCUUUUGUCCACAACAUAAUAUACUGUAUGAAUAUUUAACUAUUAUUGAACACAUUGAAUUCUAUGCAUAUUUAAAAGGUUUAAAUAAACAACAAAUUAAACAAGAAAUUGAAUAUUUUACAAAAUUAUUAAAUUUUAAAAAUAAACUUAAUGAUCAAGUGAAAAAUUUAUCUGGUGGUGAAAAACGUAAAUUAUCUAUUGCUAUAGCAUUUAUUGGUGGUGCUUCUGUUAUCCUCUUAGAUGAACCAACAACUGGUGUUGAUCCUUAUUCAAGACGAUCAAUAUGGGAUUUAAUAUUAAAAGCAAAAGUUAAUAAAACUAUCAUUUUAACAACACAUCAUAUGGAUGAAGCUGAUAUACUUGGUGAUCGAAUUGCUAUUAUUUCACAUGGAAAAUUAAAAUGUUAUGGUUCUAGUUUAUACUUAAAAUCAAAUUAUGGUCAAGGAUAUUAUUUAAUUUUAGAGUAUAAAAAAAAAUUUUUAUCAAAUAAUAAUUCUACAGAAAAUUUUUCUACUGAUACUGUAAUAGAACAAGAAAAUUUUCAAGAUAUUACAAACUACUUAAAAGGCUUUAUCAGUAGUAUAAAGUUGAUUAAUGUUAAUCAAAAUGAAUUAAUCUUUCAAAUACCUUUAAAAAAUACUUAUGAUGGUUCAUUAAGUCGAAUGUUAAAACAUUUUGAAGAUCAGGAAACACUGAAUGAAGAGAUGAUUAUAUUACCCACUGAAUUGUAUAAAUAUGGUAUUAUUAAUUAUGGAUUAACAGAUACUUCAUUAGAAGAAAUAUUUCUUACAAUAGCUGAUGAUGAUUCAACAAGAUCAUUUAUUCAAUCAAAUGAUAAUGAAACACAAAUCAAUUCAAAUCAUAAUAAAUGUGAAGUCAAUGAAAAUAUCAAUUAUUCUAUAGAAAUAAAUCAACCAAUCAAAUGUAAUUAUGUUAAACAAUAUGAAUCACAAAUGAAUAUUUUACGGCAUAGUUAUCGUUUAUCACAAUGUAAUGAUAAUGGUCAAUUACCAAUUUCAUCAACAUCAUUUAGUAUGCUAAAUCGUAAACAUUAUUAUCAAACAAUUAAUAGAUUAGAGGAGAAUACAAUUGUAACUAAUAAAAAUAAUAUACAAUUAAAUUAUCAAAUAAAAAUUAUACAACAAAUUAAAGCAAUGUUUAUAAAACGCUAUCAUUAUAAUAAACGUUCAAUAUUCAAUUUAUUUAUUGAAUUUAUUUUACCUAUUUUUGUUUUAAUUUUAGGUUUAAUAUGUUUACAAGUUAUAAAAAAGACAACAAUAUAUCAACCAUUAAUUUUAACUCCAAGAGUUAUGUUGAAUGAAAAAAAUAAUAUUUCAUUAAUUACAUUUUAUGAAAAUAAUUUAUAUGAAUUAAAAAAUCCUAUUAAAAAUUUAAUGAAUAAAAGUGAUAUUUAUCAAUCAAUAUUACAUAUAGCAUGGAAUUAUGAAGAAGCUUUAAAGAAACCAUAUAGUUGGACAGGUAUUAAUUGUUUACCUUUAAUUAGUUUAAAAUAUAUUGAAAAAAAUUUUAAAUUAUUCGGUUAUUGUAAUAAUUCAAGUAUUAAAAUAAUUAAAAAAGAUUUAACAUUCAAUGAAAUACAAGAUAUACAUAUGGAACAAUUAAUAAAAUGUUCUAAAAAAUCAAUAUAUUCAUUAAAUAAACAACCUAGUUCAAUGAUUCUACCAAAUGGAGAUAUUUUAUUCAAUUUAACAUCAUUCAAUGUAUCCAAUUAUUUAUUAGUUACUCAAAAUGAUUAUAUAAGACGUAGAUAUGGUGGUUUAAGUUAUCAUAUGGGAGUUUAUCCAAUAUUUCGUUCAUCUUUAACUUCUUUACUAAAUGAAAAUAAUUAUAUAAUAUCAUUUUUAACAAAUUUAACUAGUAAACGAGAUUUAAAUAAUAAUAAUAUUAUUAUAAAACCGGAUCAUUUUUGGUCAGAUCUAAUAAAAUUUAUACGUGUUUCCCUUCCACCUAUAUCAUAUUUACGUAUAUGGUUUAAUAAUAAAGGUUAUAUUUCAGCACCAGCAUAUUUAAAUACAUUACAUAAUUUACAAUUACGUAUGUUAACUAAUAAUGGUCUAGGUUUAAAUGAACGUAAUUAUUCAAAUGGUAUAAUAUUUAUUAAUUAUCCAUUAAAUAAACCAAUAGAUAAUAAUAAUAAUAAUAAUAUGAAUAAAAAUAUUCAUAAAGAAAUAAUUUUUGAUAUAACUUUAUCAAUUAUUACAUUAUUAUGUUUAUCAUUUAUACCAGCAAGUUGUAUAACUUUUAUUGUAAAAGAAAAUUGUUUUGGUUUAAAGCAUUUACAAUAUAUUUCUGGUUUAAAUUCAUAUAUUUAUUGGUUAUGUGUAUAUUUAUGGGAUAUAAUAAAUUAUAUAAUAUGUGCUAUUUUAUGUAUACUUGUAUUUAUAGGCUUUCAAAAAACUCCUUAUAUUCAUAUAGAUGUUAUUAUUCCAUUUAUAUUAUUAAUUAUAUUAUAUGGUUUAGCUGUUAUACCAUUAUUAUAUAUAAUUUCAUAUUUUAUUCAAUCAUCAAGUACAUCAUUAGUAUUUUUAUCAAUUUUUAAUUUAUUAAUUGGUUCUAUCACUCUUAUGUGUACAAUAAUUUUAGAUGAUUUUGCAGAGAAUAAUUUAAUUAUAAAAUAUAUUAAUAAUAUAUUAAAAAUUAUUUUUAUUCUAUUUCCACAAUAUUGUUUAUCUCGAGGAUUAUUUAAUUUAGCUAAACGUUAUUAUCUAAUUGAAUUUAUGAAUGAAUUAUCAAAGAGUAGUAUAGAAACAUCUAAAUUAUCUAUAAAAUUUAUUACAAAUCCAUAUGAUUGGAAUAUACUUGGAAGUAAAAUAUGUUCAUUAUUUAUUGAAACAAUUAUUUAUUUUUUAAUUGUAUUAUUACAUGAAAAAAAUUAUUUUAUUCAAUCAAUAAAAAAUUAUUUUUAUAUAAAUUAUCCAAAAUUAUUAGAAAAACAUAAUAUGAAAUUUAUACAAAAACUUAUAAAAUGGAAUAAAACAAUUUGUAAUGAUAAUAAUAAUAAUAAUGAUAAUGAUUCAGAGGAUGAAGAUGUACGCAAUGAACGACGUCGUAUUGAAAUGGCAGAUUCUUUAAAUCAAAUUCAUUCAUUAUAUUCAAUAGCAGUAAUAAAUUUAACUAAAUUUUUUCCAUUAAAAAAGAAACCAUCAGUAAAUUCACUUACAUUUGCAGUUCAUCCAGGUGAAUGUUUUGGUUUACUUGGAUUAAAUGGAGCUGGUAAAACAACUACAUUUAAUAUGAUUACUAAUUAUAUACAACCAUCUAUGGGAAAAGUAUAUAUAAAUGGUUAUAAUAUGAUUACACAAAGUAAAAAUGCACAUCAAAAUCUUGGUUAUUGUCCACAAUUCGAUGCUAUUCAUAAUUUAUUAACAGGUAGAGAAACAUUAAAUUUCUAUGCACGUCUACGUGGUAUUAAUGAGAUGCAUAUAUCUACAAUAGUCUCUAAUAUAUUGCAUAAUAUGGGAUUAUCAAUCUAUUAUUGGCAAACCAAAAGUAAUUUAUUAGAUGAACCAACUAGUGGAAUGGAUCCAAUUAGUCGACGUUUUAUAUGGAAUCAAAUUAUAUCACUUAUUCAACAAAAUUGUUCUAUUCUACUUACAACGCAUAGUAUGGAAGAAUGUGAAACUUUAUGUCAAUAUAUUGGUAUUAUGAUUAAUGGACAAUUAAAAUGUUUUGGAAGUAUACAACAUCUAAAAAAACGUUAUGGUAAUGGGUAUACAGUUGAAAUACGAUUCAAUCCUUUAACUAAUAAUAAUAAUAGUAAUAAUAUGAAUGAAUUCAAAAUUAAAUUUCAGUCUAAUUUUCCUAAUUCAACAUUAAUUGAAGUAAGAUCAUGUUAUUAUAUAUAUCAAAUGAGUAAAGAAAUUCAUUUAUCCGCUUUAUUUACAUUUUUAAAUGAUAUGCAAUCUAAGCAUAUUAUUGAACAGUAUUCAGUAAAACAAACAACAUUAGAUCAAGUAUUUGUCAAUUUUUCACGUGAUCAAAGUGAAAUGAUAGAAUAA